AUGGCUUCUUCCUACCUCUCCUGGUUACGCAUACCCGUCUUUGCCACAUCAGGCCUCGCCGCACUCGGAAGCAGCCUCCUCUAUUUCAAACAGAAUGACAUUAUCUACCCCGCAAAUCUACCUGCCGGUUCAAGGACGACGGUGGACCCUCCUGAAAAGUAUGGUAUUCAGGACGCUGAGUCCAUCAGAUUUCCCACGCCGGACGGCGAAACCCUCCACGCCUACCUCCUACGUCCUUCCGAUCCCUCGUUGAAAAAGAAUAUUACUCUAGUGACCUUUCACGGCAAUGCUGGCAAUGUCGGCCAUCGCCUUCCCAUUGGGAAGGUCCUCUCCCAGAGUUUGGGCUGUCAUGUCUUCAUGGUGGAAUAUCGAGGCUACGGAUUGUCGACUGGGUCGCCGAGCGAGGAUGGACUUUCGAUCGAUGGGCAAGCGGCCCUCGACUUUGUCCGCAAUCAUAAAGAGCUGAGGAACACCAACAUUGUGCUAUACGGUCAGAGUUUGGGUGGUGCCCUUGCGAUCAAGUUGCUGCAGACCAAUUAUCAAGUCGGCGACAUUUCUGCAGUCAUCUUGGAGAAUACCUUCUUGUCCAUUCGCAAGUUGAUCCCGUCGAUCAUGCCAGCAGCGAAAUACCUUUCGUACCUCUGUCACCAGCGCUGGGACUCAGAACAAAGCUUGGCCAAGGUGGAAGACGCAAAAAUUCCCGUUCUGUUUCUUUCCGGUCUGCGGGAUGAAAUAGUACCACCAUCCAUGAUGAAGGCCCUCUUCGAUCAAUGCCCCACUGCCAAGGUCUGGAAAGAGUUCCCCAAUGGCGACCACAAUUCGACCGUGGCGGAGCCAGGGUACUUCGAGGCAAUUUGGGGAUUCCUGGUCCGGGACUGA